CGGUACACAUAGACAUUUCGACUUUUCUAAAAAAAAUACACAAUACAACAAAAACUGCGUAUUGAAAUGUUUUAAAAAUGUUAUCAUUGAUAUUAUUGAUGAUUCUUUCAUUGAUAGCUUUUUUAAUCACCGAUGAACUUAUUCUUAAGUUAAAGAAUUUAUUCAUAAACGCCGGCUUAUAUGGGAUCGAUUUAUGCAAGACUGAUAAAAAUAAAAUACCAGAGGCCUUAGGUGUUGUAUCAGGAUGUGUCUUCCUAAUAACAUGUUUUUUAUUUAUUCCUAUAGCGUUUGGAAAUGGAUUAAUGGAUACACAACAUUUUCCUCACAAUGAAUUUGCAGAAUUUCUGGCAGCAUUGUUAUCAAUUUGCUGCAUGCUACUUCUUGGAUUUGCUGAUGAUGUGUUAGAUCUUAGAUGGAGGUAUAAACUUGUGCUUCCAACAGUGGCAUCAUUGCCAUUACUUGUGGUGUACUAUGUCAACUUUAAUUCAACAACAUUCAUAAUACCUAUACCAUUUAGAUCGUGGUUCGGAGUUUCUGUGAAUAUUGGCUUUUUGUAUUAUAUCUAUAUGGGUAUGCUUGCUGUCUUCUGUACAAAUGCAAUCAAUAUCUUAGCUGGAAUUAAUGGUAUAGAAGUAGGACAAUCAUUUGUCAUUGCACUUUCCAUUGUGGUAUUUGAUAUUAUAGAACUUCAAGGAGACCAAUACAAGGCCCAUACAUUUUCUCUGCAUAUAAUGAUACCUUAUUUGGCAACAACACUAGGACUGUUAAAACAUAAUUGGUAUCCAUCAAGAGUUUUUGUUGGUGAUACGUUUUGCUAUGUGUCAGGGAUGACCUUUGCAGUUGUAGGCAUUCUAAGUCAUUUCAGUAAAACUGUUUUACUUUUUUUCUUGCCUCAGAUUAUUAACUUCAUAUAUUCUGUCCCUCAAUUAUUUCAUUUUAUUCCAUGUCCAAGGCACAGGUUACCAAAAUUUAGCGCCGAAACAAAUUUACUCCAUGCCAGUAGAUCUAUUAUAAUAAAAAAGGAUAUGAAUGUUUUUACCAAAGUAAUGCUUCAAAUUUUAACUUUAUUACGCCUAGUUGACUUUACGGAAGAUAAUGAAAGUAUAACUAUAAAUAAUAUGACUCUUAUCAAUUUAUUUUUAAUUAAGCUCGGACCAAUGUCUGAAGUAAUGCUCACCAAAAAAAUUUUGUUAUUUCAAAUUUUAUGUAGUUGUGUUGCUUUCGUUAUCAGAUAUCCCUUAGCAACUUAUUUUUAUGAUAAAUAAAAUUAAGACGAAAAACAAAGAAAUAUUAAGAUAAAUUAUUUUUACUAACUUUUAACUUUAACCUAUUGCUUUCACUGUGUUCGGAGAUGUUAGUUAAAGUCAAGAUACAUGUGUACAAUACAUGUGUUUUGUUACACAAAAUACCUUUAAUUUGUACUGAUAAUCUUCAUAGUAAUGCAUAAAAAUAUUUGAGAAUUUCACCUACAAAAUUAAUCGUCUAUAGCCACUUGCCGUAUCGUAAAUCUUCUGAAAAAUGAAAUUCCGAUAUGGUAAAAUAUGUCUUAAUAAAAACCGUAACGUGGGUGUUAGUUCAAGAGACCAUGUUUUAAAAUAAUUGAGUAAACUCAUGAAAACAUUUUUUUUUAUUGCUUAGAUGUG